AUGCAGUACAUUCUUGGACUGUCAUUUAGUAAUCUGUGCAAGUAGAAGUUGAGGAGAGAAACUUCCUAAAAGUUGUUGAGAGGAUAAGAAGCAGGCUUUUUACCACUGAUCUUCACAGAGAGAAAAAUGCCAGGUGAGAGGCCAACAGUAACACGCACAACAGAUGUGGGGCGCUUUCCUGGUGCAGCCCCGCCCACCAGGGUGGAGUUGUCCAUUCACAAGGAAGGGGAAAAAACAGAGGAGAGUGCCUGCCGCCGCUGGUUUAGGAAAAUGUGUCCAUGCUGCUGUAAAUGCCAGAAUAGCUCCACCUAUGACAUCACUGAUAAGGUGGAAGUGGUGAACCCUCCUACCCCUGUUCCAGAACUUGAUGGGCCAAAGCAUGAAAAUGGAAAAAGAGAAAAUGGAGAAUCAAGGGAAAUGGAAGUCAUGAGGCUGUCUGUGUCCUUUGUGGAUCUGCUGAGCUCCAAAAUGGGCAAGAACAGACAGGAGCACCAUACUGACUUGUACCACACCGAAGAGCUGGUCAUCCGUAGAGGACAGAGCUUCCAAAUAGAGAUAGAGCUCAACAGGCCUUUCAAUACUGAAACUGACAAGCUUCACCUGGAUCUGAGAACAGGUCCACUACCACUUGUGUCUAAAGGGACCCAUGUCAUCAUCCCACUGGUUGAUACUUUGGACAAUAAACAGUGGGGGGCUAAACUUGAAGAGCAGAAUGAUAACAAGGUUAAGUUGUCUAUCAACUCUUCGGCCAGUGCUGCGAUUGGUCUUUAUGGUCUGACAGUCACAACUUCCUCGCUGAAAAAUGAAACUCUGAAUACUUAUACAUCCAGCAAGAACAUAAUCAUACUCUUCAACCCCUGGUGUACAGAGGACACGGUAUUCCUGGAUGAUGAAGAGGAGAGAAAUGAGUAUGUAUUGAAUGACACUGGAAGAAUUUAUUAUGGAACUGAGAAGCAAAUUGGUGCUCGCACAUGGAACUUUGGUCAGUUUCAAGAGGGAAUUUUGGAAGCAUGUCUAUUUGUUCUGGAAAGGAGUGACAUGCCCCCAUCAGGUCGGGGAGAUGCUGUUAAUGUUGUCAGGGUUAUAUCAGCCAUGAUAAACGCCCAAGAUGAUUAUGGGGUUCUGAUUGGAAACUGGUCAGGGGAUUAUUCUGACGGAGUGUCUCCGGCUGCGUGGAGCAGUAGCGUGGAGAUUUUGAAGAAAUACCACUCAUCAAACGGAACCCCUGUGUCAUAUGGGCAAUGUUGGGUCUUCUCCGGAGUUACGACUUCAGUACUCCGUUGUCUUGGCAUACCUGCUCGCAGCGUGACCAACUUUCAGUCUGCCCACGACACUGAUGUGUCCCUCACAAAUGAUGUCUAUUUUGAUGAGGACAUGGAGCCAAUCGACUACCUCAAUAGUGAUUCUGUCUGGAAUUUCCAUGUAUGGAAUGAUUGCUGGAUGGCCAGACCAGACUUGCCCAAUGGUCAUGGAGGCUGGCAAGCUGUUGACUCAACCCCACAGGAGACAAGUCAGGGUACCUUCCGCUGUGGCCCUGCCUCUGUCACUGCAAUCCGCUCUGGCCAGGUCUACCUCAAACAUGACACGCCUUUUGUCUUUGCAGAGGUCAAUAGUGACAAGAUCUACUGGCAAAGGAAUCUCGAUGGUACAUUCAGCCAGAUCCACAGUGAGAAGAAGGCUGUUGGCCACUGCAUCAGUACAAAAGCAGUUGGAUCUGAUGAUCGGGCUGACAUCACUCAUCUGUACAAGCAUCAGGAAGGUUCAGAGGAGGAGCGUAUUGCUGUAGAGACUGCCAGCCGUUAUGGGAGCAAGCCAGAUGUUUACUCUUCGCCAAUGGCAGAGGAUGUCAGAGUAGAGGUGAAGAUGGAGGGAGAGGGGCCCAGGAUGGGGGCAGAUGCCCAGCUUAGCAUUGUGGUGAAGAACUUGAGCUCUGAGCCCCGUAGAACUACACUUCACAGCCAGGUGGCUGUUAUGUACUACACCGGGGUUUUGAAGGGCACAAUCAAGAAGGAACAGUUGCCAGUAGAGCUUUUGCCCAAUGAAGAGAAGACCAUUGAGUGGAUACUGCCUUACCAACAAUACCAAAACCAGCUAGUGGAUCAGGCAGCACUGAUGCUGACAUUGUCUGGGCGAGUCAACGAGACCAAGCAAGUGUUGGCUAGCCAGACCUCCUUCAGACUCCUUACACCUGAUCUCAACAUCACGCCUCUGGGAAAAGCUGUGGUUGGUAAAGAAAUGGCAGCCAAGAUCACAUUUACCAACCCACUACCAAAAAUGCUGAAGGAUGUUGUCUUCAGAGUGGAAGGACUGGGUUUGCAGAAAGGUCACGAAGUGUUUGUUGGUGACGUGAGCGGUCAAGCCACCGUUACACUAACAGAACACUUCAUCCCAACCCAACCCGGGCCCAGGAAACUGGUGGCAUCUCUUGAUUGCAAACAGCUAACACAAGUGCACGGAGUGGCUGACAUCAUUGUUCUUGAACAGUAAAAGGCAGUUAGUUGCAUUUACCUCAUUAUAUUCUUCACUGAGACCUAUCAAAUAUGUUAAAACACAUUGUAUUUUGCACUGCAGCAGCAUGUUUAAAAAACGUGGGUAAGAUUAAUUGCAUUAUCAGUAUUAUUACUAUUAUUAUUUGCUUUUAUAAACACAUUAUUGAAAGCUUAUACAGUGGGGCAAAUAAGUAUUUAGUCAACCACUAGUUGUGCAAGUUCUCCCACUUGAAAAUAUUAGCGAGGCCUGUAAUUGUCAACAUGGGUAAACCUCAACCAUGAGAGACAGAAUGUGGAAAAACAACCCAGAAAAGCACAUUAUUUGAUUUUUUAAAGAAUUUAUUUGCAAAUCAUGGUGGAAAAUAAGUAUUUGGUCAAUUCCAAUAGUUCAUCUCAAUACUUUGUUAUAUAUCCUUUGUUGGCAAUAACGGAGGCCAAAUGUUUUCUGUAACUCUUCACAAGCUUUUCACACACUGUGGCUGGUAUUUUGGCCCAUUCCUCCCUGCAGAUCUCCUCUAGAGCAGUGAUGUUUUGGGGCUGUUGUUGGGCAACACGGACUUUCAGCUCCCUCCGCAGAUUUUCUAUGGGGUUGAGAUUUGGAGACUGGCUAGGCCACUCCAGGACCUUGAAAUGCUUCUUACGAAGCCACUCCUUUGUUGCCCUGGCUGUGUGUUUGGGAUCACUGUCAUGCUGAAAGACCCAGCCACGUCUCAUCUUCAAUGCCCUUGCUGAUGGAAGAUUUUCAUUCAAAAUCUCUAGAUACAUGGCCCCAUUCAUUCUUUCCUUUACACAGAUCAGUCGUCCUGGUCCCUUUGCAGAAAAACAGCCCCAAAGCAUGAUGUUUCCACCCCCAUGCUUCACAGUGGGUAUGGUGCAAUUCAGUAGUUUUUCCUCCAAACAAGAGAACCUGUGUUUCUACCAAAAAGUUCUAUUUUGGUUUCAUCUGACCAUAACACAUUCUUCCAGUCCUCUUCUGGAUCAUCCAAAUGUUCUCUAGUGAACCACAGACGGGCCUGGACGUGUACUAGCUUCAGCAGGGGGACGCGUCUGGCAGUGCAGGAUUUGAGUCCCUGGCGGUGCAUUGUGUUACUGAUUGUUACUGUGGUCCCAGCUCUCUGUCGGUCAUUCACUAGGUCCCGUGUGGUUCUGGGAUUUUUGCUCACCGUUCUUGUUAUCAUUUUGACGCUACGCGGUGAGAUCUUGCAUGGAGCCCCAGAUCGAGGGAGAUUAUCAGUGGUCUUGUAUGUCUUACAUUUUCUAAUAAUUGUUCCCACAGUUGAUUUCUUUACACCAAGCGUUUUACCAAUUGUAGAUUCAGUUUUGCCAGCCUGGUGCAGGUCUACAAUUUUGUCUCUGGUGUCCUUCGACAGCUCUUUGGUCUUGGCCAUAGAGGAGUUUGGAGUGACUGACUGAGGUUGUGGACAGGUGUCUUCUUAACCGAUAAUGAGUUAAAACAGGUGCCAUUAAUACAGGUAACGAGUGGAGCCUCGUUAGACCUCGUUAGAAGAAGUUAGACCUCUUUGACAGCCAGAAAUCUUGCUUGUUUGUAGGUGACCAAAUACUUAUUUUCCACUCUAAUUUGUAAAUAAAUUCUUUAAAAAUCAAACUGUGAUUUUCUGGGGGGUUUUCCAAAUUCUGUCUCUCAUGGUUGAGGUCUACCCAUUUUGACAAAUACACGCCUCUUUAAUCUUUUCAAGCAGGAGAACUUGCACAAUUGGUGGUUGACUAAGUACUUAUGUGCCCCACUGUAGCAUGCAUUUCAGUUCACUCAGAAUAUUUAUUAUUAUGUUGAAAACCUGUAGCACUGAAAAAAAUAUUUUCAGUAACCUAGUAAGCAUUUUAAACUGUAUAUAUUUAACUUACAUAAGUACGUGAAAUGUGCGAUGGAAAGUUCGGACGGAUUGUAAUGGCUAAUAGUUUACAUUUUUUAAGUAUGUCAAUCAUAACUACAGAAAAGCUUGUGACUAAUUAAUCAUGUGAUUUAUUUCAUAAGAAAUGACAGUGUUGUCUACUUGAAUAGUGUAGCCUACUUCGGUAUAAUACCAAACAAUACUUUGUUCUUUAGGAUCAAUUCCAUCAGAUAUUCUUCCAUGUCUUGCUGCUUUCACUACAUUUUAUGUAGGAUAUAUUUAUGUGCACACUAACAAUGAAGUAUGAAUACUACUGUAUCAAACUGUGCCAUGUUGACAAGUGGGCUCAUUGGGCAGCCAUGAGAAGGGUAAACACUGACCUUAUUUGUUCAUUUCAUAACUCAUUACAUGUGAAGGAAACCGUUCCAGUGUAACUUUACUAUAUUUAUUAUCUUUUUGUUGUCUACGGUGAUGAUAAAACUAACUGAACACCAAAAUGUUGGACUGAGUUCUUCUUUCACUUACUCAUAAUGCAAGAAAUUAAUACAGUUAGGUCCUUAAAUAUCGGGACAUGAGACAACUACUAUCGAUUCCUAUCCCAUGAACAUUACCAGAUGUUGGGUUUCACCCUAAGUGUUUGCUCCGCUGCAACUGUAUAACAUUCGAUGAGUUUUAAAGGGAACAUCGGACUUAAAGACUUGUAGGCUCAAAUAAGCCACAAUUGUUCUCCUUUAAUAAAAUAUGUUAUUAGAAACACAUAAAAUAUUGCCAUUGAUUUAAAAGU